AUGUAUAUCAACACCAAAAAUUUGGGGAUUGCCCUUCUGGCCCCCAGUCUCGUCGCUGCGAACUCGAUGAAGGCUCUCCUCUCCAAACGGGAUGCCACAACUUACCAGCAAAACGCCAUCUGUACCGCAGAUCAACUUCUCCGCUACUACGGAACAAUCAACACUGGCCUCUUCGGGCAAGACCUCUGGUGGCAAUCCGCAAACUUCAUCUCGGCUCUGGCGACAUUUUUCCAGCUUGACCCAGACUACGGCUCCAUUCACAACAACAUCUUUGCUGCAACCCUCUCCGAAGCCCCUGGGUAUGGCAACUACCAAAACUUCCUCAACGGCUGGUACGACGAUGAAGGUUGGUGGGGAAAUGCAUUCUUGGAUGUCUACGAUUACACAUCCGACCAUGCCUAUCUGAACCAGGCUAUUACAAUCUAUAACGAUAUGGUCGGUGGAUUGGGAACACCAUGUGGUGGUAUUUGGUGGGACAAGGAUCGGUCAUAUGUGGCCGCUAUUUCAAACGGCCUUUACACUGAACUCGCUGCUGGUCUUGCCCACCGCACAGGUAACGGAAAUUACCUCGCCAAUGCAGAGGCAAACUGGAACUGGUUCUUCAGCUCUGGCAUCGUCGGAUCCGACCACAUUGUCAGAGACGGACUCCAGUCCGGCAACAGCUGUUCACUCAACGGCAAUGUUUUCACAUACAACCAAGGAGUGAUUCUCGGCGCAGCAGCAGAGCUCUACAAAGCGACCGGCAACCGGGCCUACCUGGACACAGCAGCAGCUCUUGCUGAUGCCUCCACUGCCAGCGGUUCGUACGUGACCAGCAGCAGCGGCAUCUUGACUGAGAGCUGUGACAAGAGUGGCAGCUGCGAUACGACCGCUGAGAUGUUUAAAGGCGCUUACAUCCGAGGAUUGAGGAAAUUGCAGCUCGUCGACCCGGAAUCCAACUGGUUGAACUAUAUCACUGCCAACGCGCAGAGCAUCUGGAGGAACGACCUCAUCGUGCCGAAUGUUAACGGCAACUGGGAAUGUACUGUUGGCUCUGCUUGGGCUGGUCCUUUCAAUGGCAACCAGGCCAAUGCUGUCACUCAGGGAGCAGCUUUGGAUGCUCUCAACGCCGCUCUUGCAGCAACUCGGUAG